ACUGCCCAGAGGAGCAAGUUCCCAGAGCCAAGCUACAGAGCUACCCUAGUGUCUCCAGGCUGAGGAGAUGGUGACUGGCAUACAUGGCUCAAUUUGUCCAGGUCCUGGCUGAAAUAGGUGACUUUGGUCGCUUCCAGAUACAGCUAUUGAUCCUGCUGUGUGUUCUCAACUUCCUGUCUCCCUUCUACUUUUUUGCCCAUGUCUUCAUGGUCCUAGAUGAGCCCCACCACUGUGCAGUGGCCUGGGUGAAGAACCACACUUUCAACCUGAGUGCUGCUGAACAGCUGGCACUGAGCGUGCCCCUGGACACUGCAGGCCACCCAGAGCCCUGCCUCAUGUUCCGGCCACCCCCUGCCAAUGCCAGCCUGCAGGACAUCCUCAGCCACCGCUUCAAUGAGACGCAGCCUUGUGAUACGGGCUGGGAAUAUCCUGAGAACAGGCUCCCAUCCCUAAAGAAUGAGUUCAACCUGGUUUGUGAUCGGAAGCACCUGAAGGACACCACACAGUCAGUGUUCAUGGCUGGGCUCCUUGUUGGCACCCUCAUGUUUGGGCCCCUCUGCGACCGGAUUGGCCGCAAGGCCACGAUCCUGGCGCAGCUGCUCCUCUUCACCCUCAUCGGCCUGGCCACAGCCUUUGUGCCCAGCUUUGAGCUCUACAUGGCCCUGCGCUUUGCUGUGGCUACUGCCAUCGCUGGAUUUGGCUUCAGCAAUGUCACCCUACUGACAGAAUGGGUGGGGCCCUCAUGGAGGACGCAGGCCGUGGUCCUGGCCCAGUGCAACUUCUCCCUCGGGCAGAUGGUGCUUGCGGGACUCGCCUACGGUUUCCGCAACUGGAGGCUCCUUCAGAUCACCGGCACUGCGCCUGGCUUACUGCUGUUCUUCUACUUCUGGGCUCUGCCAGAAUCUGCACGUUGGCUCCUGACCCAUGGGAGGAUGGACGAGGCGAUACAACUGAUCCAGAAGGCAGCCUCAGUCAAUAGGCGGAAACUCUCCCCGGAGCUCAUGAACCAGCUGGUCCCAGAGAAGACAGGCCCCUCAGGGAGUGCCCUGGAUCUGUUCAGACACCCCCAGCUCCGGAAGGUGACCCUGAUUAUCUUCUGUGUCUGGUUUGUGGACAGUCUGGGGUACUACGGCCUGAGCCUCCAAGUGGGGGACUUUGGCCUGGACGUCUAUCUGACGCAGCUCAUCUUUGGAGCCGUUGAGGUGCCUGCCCGCUGUUCCAGCAUCUUCAUGAUGCAGAGGUUUGGCCGCAGGUGGAGCCAGUUGGGGACCUUGGUCUUGGGUGGCCUUAUGUGUAUCAUCAUCAUCUUCAUCCCAGCAGAUCUGCCCGUGGUGGUCACCAUGCUGGCUGUGGUGGGGAAGAUGGCCACAGCUGCCGCCUUUACCAUCUCCUAUGUGUACUCUGCCGAGCUUUUCCCCACCAUCCUCCGGCAGACAGGCAUGGGGCUGGUGGGCAUCUUCUCACGGAUCGGGGGCAUCCUCACACCACUUGUGAUCCUGCUGGGAGAGUACCACGCUGCCCUCCCCAUGCUCAUCUACGGCAGCCUCCCCAUCGUGGCCGGCCUGCUCUGCACCCUGCUGCCAGAGACGCGUGGCCAGGGCCUGAAAGACACCCUCCAGGACCUGGAGUUGGGGCCUCACCCAUGGUCUCCCAAAUCAGUGCCCUCAGAGAAGGAAACAGAGGCCAAGGGAAGAACUUCCAGCCCGGGAGUGGCCUUUGUGAGCAGCACAUACUUCUGAUUGAGGUCUCUAAGAGCUGGACCAUCAGCAGCAGGGAGCUGCCUAAACACCUCCUUGGAUAUGGCCAGGACCCACAGGGACACAGGGCAAGACCAGCCUUGCUUAUGGAGGCAGGACACCACAACCUGGCCCAUGGCUGUCACCUCCUGCCGAGUCCAAUCCCAGACUGGGAACCACCAUCUGGGACAGGACCUCCUGGCCUCCUUCACCUUUCUCAUCUCCAGAGCCCCGCCCCCAAUACUCUGUCUGGGUUAGGAUCUUGGGUAUGUCUUGGGCUUAAUUUGUCCUCUAACAA